CUUUUGUUUUUCUUUGUUGACACGUUUUGCGUGGGAUCCACUGGGAAAAGUGUCAUAAGCUUGCAUGUUGUAACUACGUGGCAAGCUUUUCUUACUCUUAUUGAAGAAAUGAAAUUUUGUCAUCUUAAUCGAACCUCCUUGUGUAUGAAGUUUGCAUGACUUCAUCCACGCGGUAACGCAGCUCAUAUGAUACAACUCUUAUAGGAGCUGUCCACCUAUCGUGAACGAAGUCUGCACCAUCAACGCCUAUUGCUAGCCUAACUAGUUUUGGUUUUAUCAAAACCCAAAUGUUUUAUGGCUAUCUCGUCUUUAUCUGUUACCAAUGGCUGAAAGGUUUCCACGUGGCGCACGGACCCCGGGACAAGUUAUGGCAUAAGUCCGACGUGGAAAGCUUUGUUGUUUUUUAAAACACAUAUAGCAUCGCUUUUGUUUGUUUGAUGUUUGUACCACAUAAUUAAAUACUAUUGUAAUCACCGCGUGGAAUUCAAAAUUUUCAAAAAAUAGAAAAUAAUAAUGCUAUUCUUCAGCCUUUCCCAAUAACCAAACUGACAAUUUCUCCAAUCUCUGAUUCCCUCUAAACGUCUGACCCUUUCACGUCCCAAUUGAGUGAAUUUCUCUUUCACCGGCACAUCUCUCUCUCUCUCUCUCUCUCUCGCUCUAUGACAUCUCUGACCCGAUGGUUGUGUGACUUUCUGUCACAAAAUCUGCAUGUGUACGUCGUCGUUUACCGCCACCCUUGUUUCUCUCACUCAUAAAUGCUUCUGGUUUGUAGCCUUUUCGGAACUUUGACAGAAGAAAGAGAGAUUACUCUCUCUCUCUCUCUCUCUCUCUCUCUCACACACAUCACCUCGCCACGACUCCAACCCCACCCUCUCUCUCUCUUCCCUUUAAUAUUCCUUUAUCUUCCAUUUUAAUGUUCCAUAAUUACGUCAAUGCAAUUAGACUAUCCAAAAAAAAAAAAAAAAAUGCAUUAAUUAAAUCAGUUUCUCACUAUAUAUAAACACCACCCACGGGUUUCUUUCAAAAUGGUCUCUUUCAGUUGAACCAGAAACCAAAGCAACAAAAGGAGGCAAAGGUUAUGCCAAUAAAUAUAGAGAGAGAGCGAGAGAGAGAGAGAGUUUAGAGAAAGAAAGGGUCAUGCAUCUUUUCUGAUAUAACAAGAACAUGAACCUUCUAGCUUUAAACCUACUCCAUUUCGUUUCUCUUCUAGUUUCUUAUUAAUAGGAACAUGAAAUAUGUGAAUGAGCCGGCGCGUUUGGGUCUAUUUUCUUGAUUUCUAGGGAGGUGCGAGCGCAAUAGUCGUUGAGAUGGCUGUUCAGGCGCAGUUUUAUUCAGGAAAUCCAGGCUUACCAUCAAUCUGUGGUCUACAGGAUUGGUCUCUGGAUCCUGUUUCUGGUGUUGAAGAUGGUGUUCGCUUUGGUACCCGUCAAACCCCUCAGCAAACUCAGUUUCAUCUGCAACAAGGAUCUCAAAAUUUGGCUUUUGAUUGUAACCAUGGGGUUUCUCCGUGUUCCAGUUGCAAUAGCGUUCUUCGUGUGGCGUUUUCUCAAGCUCUGGAUGCUCAGCUGGAGUUACAGAGACAGGAGCUUGAAUGCAUUCUUCAGUUACAGAAUGAGAAGUUGAAAUUUGCUUUGCAAGAGCAAAGAAAACAACAGCUCGCAGUCCUAUUGAGUAGUUUCGAAUCAAGAACAUUGAGUUUGAUUCGGCAAAAAGAAGAGGAUUUGGUUCAAGCAACAAAGAGAGGAAUGGAGCUUCAAGAUCGGUUGAGGAAAGCAGAGAUGGAAAGCGCAACAUGGCAGAGAGUGGCAAAAGAAAACGAAGCCAUGGUCAUUCACCUCAACAACACACUUGAACAGGUUAAGGAGAGACAGUUUUUGUUCAAUAACGGAGCAGAAGAUGCAGAGUCUUUCUGUGACUCGUUCCAGAGAGGAAACAGAGAGCGUCAAGGGAAAAAGUUGGCUUGCAAAAGCUGCAACAUUCAGACCUCAUGCGUUCUUUUCCUACCUUGCAGACACCUUUGCUCCUGCAACUACUGUGAAGCUUUUCUUGCUUCUUGUCCGAUAUGUGAAUCCGCAAAGGAAGCAACCAUGGAGGUAUUUUUGGUCUAGCAAGAAAAAAAUAACCAAGCAAACGGGAAUGAAAAGAAAAAGCUUCCAAUGAGAUGGCUAUGAAAAUGACACGAGCGUGAAGGGAAACAAAAGCAAAAGGCAAAGCCAAUCCCCCAAAAAAUUGAUCCGAGACAAAGCUUUCAUUAUUAUUACCUUCAACUGAGAAAAUAAACUAAAGAAAGAAAAAGAAAAAAGACACCCACCCCAAGAAGAGAACUUUAAAUAAAAAUCCUGAACACUGAAACGGCAAUGUUUUCUCUGAUGUACUCUCCCCUCCAGUUUUGCUAAAAAGAGCCGUUCUUUUGGCAAUCUGGAAAAAUGCACAGGCUGCUUUAAUUUUUUUUGGGUGUGUAGCAUAUAUAAUAAUAGUAUUGAUGCAGUGCUUGUUGGGAACACGUGCGGUCCCCACUUGGGGGGUUUUGACGUGGGGUCCUCCUAACAACUGUUUCCGUGGGGGGAUUUUGUAUCUUUUUGUCGAGAUCGUCUGCGUCGGAAGCCGCGAUGGUGUUUUGCUUCUCAAUCGCUAUGCAAGAAUGCAAAAUGAGAAAAGAUGGACACCGCCUUGUCCUUUAGCUUCCCGCUUCUUUCGCUACCUUCAGGGCCAGUUUUGUACGAGUCGAUGUCUACGUGGACGGCCGUGAUGCUCUGUCGUUGUGGCAUGAUCAAUGUCCCACGUGGCGUGGAGCUGUGAACUGUUUGUGUGGAUUUUUAGUUGCUUACUUUCUGAUGACCUGGAGUGCUGAUGCGAUCUCUGUUGUGGUGUUUUUGCCCGUCACCCCACAUACACGUCCCCUUUUCGUUUUUUCUACAAAAAUUUCUAAGAAUUAUUCGUACACUUAAGAUUGUCUCUCAAUUUAAGUCAUACUAGUUACAAUUUUUUCUUC